AUGUGGUCGUCGAUAUUUCUGUGUAGCGGGCGGCUAAUGAUAUUACUAUGUCUACUACUGCAAUUGGCGUAUCACGGACUAGCUCACGUUCGAUCAAUGCACUACGUCUCGUAUCCACAGAAAAAUGCAUUCACUGACACUACAGCGAUGGAACCGUGUACAGGAUAUUUUUGUAAUAACGGGAUGGUGACGGAGUCGAGAAAAAUUCAACGGCUGCACCGUCACAAGGAGUUCGUGCAUAGAGUGCAAAAGAAAAUUUGUGAACAAAUCUUCAAUUCCAUCAAGAUGCGACUGCGUAUUAAGAAACUCAACAUAGAUAAUCCAUGCAACAACUAA